AUGGUGAAUAAUGAACGAUGGUUGUAUUUAUCAGCUGUUGAUCGGUUGCCAAAAUUAAAUUUAGAAGUAUCUUUCGACGAGUCAGUGCCGCUACAAGGAAACUUUGCAACCAGCAGUAAUUUCAUUGCAGAAGAGCAAGGGGGCAACUCACAAUUCUCUCGCAUCCAGACUAAGAGUUGGCGCGAAAAAUCUCAAGGACUACAGUGUAAAAUUUAUUCCAGAAUCUUGAUUUCACCAUUGACUACGAAGACUUCACACAAGGAUCUCGCAGAUAUGUCUCAAAUCCCUCUUAUGGUACCUGAGAGUGGUUUGCAAGUCACAGAGGAUCAAAAUAUCGUGAUACUUGAGGCUGGAUUACCCGGCGAUUCGUGGACAUAUUCCGUCGAGAAGGAACGAUUGGCCAGAAGAUCAGAAUGGUUUCGGGCAAUGUUUACUAAUUUAGAACUUUCGUUCGCUCCUCCAUUGACAGAUUCGCCGCCGUUAGUGCGAUUGGAAUAUGUUGACAAGCGAGCAUUUGAUCACUUUCUCAAAUAUCUUCAUGACGAGCCCGUCAAUUUUAUAUCAGUAACAACGGCCAGGGUCACGCUCGAUGCAGCUCAUCAGUACCUUUGUCCUGGACUCGCGCGACUCGCCGUAGUGUAUCUUGAGAAGCAUCUCACACCAUCGACCGUGCUCGAAAUUUAUCAGGGUCUUGGAUUCUACGCGAACGAGCUACGGGAAGGUGAUUCUGGUUUUGACAGAUCAUCAAAUUUGCUAUCGACACCAUCAUCGCCCGGAGACGAUGCCAGUAUAAUAGCUGCUAUGUGCACCGAUCUCCUGCUCAAGUGCUUGACGGUAAUCGAUUCGAAUCCGGUAAAGGUGCUGCAUCAGGAAUACUUUGAAGAGCUCACUGCCCAGGAAGUCGCCCAGUUAGCACAUCGCGACACUCUGAAUAUCACUAGCGAGUCUAUCCUGUUCAAUGCGUUAGAUAGAUGGGCCGCAGCCGAGUGUAGAAGACAAGGCGUCGAACCUCUGCCAGUCAACAAGAGAGCCGUGCUCUCGGAUGACGUCUGCUUUAGCGUGCGGUAUCUUCUUAUGAAUGACCAAGAAUUCGUCAGCGGCCCUAUGGCGAGUGGUAUCCUGACUAACGAGGAAAGCGUUCAUAUUGUUUCUAAAAUACUCAGACAUCCCGAGGAUCCGAAAAAUGAGAGCAUUCGGAGCAGCGCAGCGGUCCAUCCAUCUAGAUUAUCCAAUGCGCCUAGGAUCGCAUAUAAACGCGAGAAUCAGGACUGCAACAUGUUAAGGUCGGGUAAAAAGGAACGACAAGACAACCGAAAAAAUAGAAGAAGAGAGUGUGCUAGUCAAGGACACAGAGCGUGCGCUAGAAUAGGAAAUUGUCUUGUACGAAUUCUAGCUUGCGUGUUUGAUUAAACACUGCACCAUAGAAUCAUAAUCGCAGAACUUCCAAAUUUUCUCGAAAAAGAUAUUCGGUUGUCUUUCUCUGCGUGAUUUUUUUUUUUCGGUUACAAAUUCCGCCUGAGAAUUCAAGAUAUGAAAUAAUGCAUAUUAAAAAGCCUGAAGAAUAUCUAAUGAUCGUCUAAGAAAUAAUGAUACACACGCGUGUAUCUACAUGAUCAAGUCAAAUCCCCAAAAGAUAUUUAGUAUAACUGCAUAAUUAAGUAGAACUUAUAAAUUGUAGAUACUUACUGCUCCUUAAUAUUUUUAUGAAUGCAAAAAGACACAAAUAAUUUCUAUCAUUAUCGGAAUAUUAAACGUAUCACGUCAGCUAGUUGAAAUCUAUAUACAUAGGUAAUAUUUUUGAAGAUAAUAGAGACUGAAAUACUGAAAUGGACGUUUUUUAAUAUUUUUAGAGGAUAUUUACAUCUCCGGCGAAUUUUUAUCGGUGAGACACUAUUUCAAAGUAACGAAGAAAUCGCGCAUGAAAAUUGAGAUCAUGUUUUAUGCCACUUCCAUUAUUAUUAUAAACAUUUUGUUGUUUUGUUAUAUAUAUUUGGGGAGAUAUUUUAUCUUGUUUGCAAUUUUGCGCAAGAUCUGUUGCUAUUACAACAGUAGGCUUUCGCUACAGUCGUUAGACGAAGUAAAGACUUUCGCUAUUACGAGAUUAUGCAUUUUAUAUAUUUUACGAAAAAACGACACUUUAAAAUUUUUAUUUGAUCGUCGGAGAAAAAACUUUAUUUAUACGCAUAUGAAUUAUUAAUGGUCCAACUAUAACGUACCUUCUUCAUAAGCGCCUUUCCCAAACAUUUUUUAUAAUUAAAAUGUUCGAGAGUAUUGUCUUUGUUAUUCUAAAUACGAGACCUAUUGAGUGUUAUUAUGACGUCUUCGUUGUGUUCAUAUUUGCUGUUCAGAGUAUAUUAUAAUCUUUAAAUUAAUUAUUUGUAUUUUAUAUAGUACGUAGACCUGUGGCUGAAAAUCC